AUGGGGGGAAACGCAAAACAACCAUCCUCAGGACUGGGGGCCAUGCUGAGGCAAUCAUCCUGGAUUCUGUUGACGGCGCAGUACACGUCAUUUGUGUUGCUUCUGCACUAUUCCAGGGUGAUGCCGCCGACUAACGGAAAACGAUACCUCGCAUCCACCGCCGUCUUUUUCAAUGAAGUUAUCAAACUGGCAAUUUCCCUGACCAUCGCGCUCUACGAAGUGUCCAAAACAGCACCUCCCUCGGUACCCGCUACAUCCCUCCUCUCCUCCCUCACGUCUGCCGUGUUCUCUGGGGACAGCUGGAAGCUUGCGAUCCCUGCCGGCCUGUACACCCUCUCCAAUUCGUUACAAUAUGUCGCUCUUUCCAAUCUGCAAGCAGCGACCUUCCAAGUGACGUACCAACUGAAACUGGUCGUGACAGCUGUCCUGGGGCUCAUCUUGUUUAAGAGGACUGUGCCACUUCGCAAGUGGGGCCUGCUGCUGCUCCUACUCGUGGGCAUUGGUCUCGUUCAGAUGCCCGACGGUACCUCCGAGCAGGCCGCGCUGGAAGACAAGACGGCACACCCUGCCUUCCCGCGGUCAUUGGAGGAGUGGAAGGCCGUAAAACUCGAUCGCCCGAAUUUGCACAAACGCUCUGCGACGUACGAAGGCAUCGAAGAGGAUAUUUUGACUGCGUUCCCGCGGAUGAAUGGGACAAUUGGUCUCCUAGCAGCCAUUGGCGCAUGCCUUGCCUCCAGCCUUGCGAGCGUCUAUUUCGAGAAGGUGCUCAAGGACAGCGCCAAGACGACCUCGGUCUGGGUUCGCAACGUGCAGCUGGCCGUCUAUUCGGUCUUCCCCGCCCUCUUCAUCGGGGUUAUAUUUUUGGAUGGCGAAAAGAUUGCGGCCAAUGGAUUUUUCGAGGGAUACAACUGGGCAGUGUGGUCCACCGUCCUUGUUCAGGCCAUCGGAGGGAUCACGGCGUCCUUUUAUCUUGGGUCUUCUUAUAGAGAUACCCGAAAUGUGGCUACAGCCACAAGCAUUGCCCUGAGUACGUUGGGCAGCAUCUGGCUUUUUGAAUUCGAGCCUACUGGUAACUUUCUCCUUGGAACGUUUGCAGUGCUCGUGGCUACCUAUCUUUGCGAGGACUCGAGCUUGGGACUCGGUCAAGCUAAACGCCAAGGUCCUCGCCCACCGCCGAUUCGUAUCGACAGUUAUGAGAAGGACACCAGAAGUGACGAGGCCUCACCGGUGUCAUCACCUCCCAACGAGAUUUCCAUCAAGCUCCCCGGGACCCCUUUCCUGUCGGAUGCUGGUUUGUCAACAUCGCGACCUACGUCUCCUGGGCACACAAGGCUCAGCUCCGCUCGUACUGCGAGCGGUGGUGGCUACUUCGAUAAGCAUUGA